AUGGCAGAAAAUAGAGAGUCUUCAAAGCUCACUAAUGAUGAAAGAAAUCAAGUAGCUCAAUGGUUGUUGCAACGGAGUUCCAACGACAAACUUCAAUACGGCGCAAGCAUGGAGGCUGCCACACUCUUCAAAGUGAGUAGGAGGACUAUUUGGUGCAUAUGGAAAUCAGUCGCUGCCCAACAAGCACUCGGACAACCUAUUCAAUUGAAAUCAAUGAAAAAGGGAUCAACACACAAUGAUAGAUAUGUGAUUGAUGCAUCAAAGGUAAAGAGUUUAAGUGUGCUACAAAGAUCGUCAAUUAGAGUCAUGGCAUGUAAUCUUGGGGUUAGUAAGUCACUUGUAGGUGUGUGGGUGAAAGACAAGAAAUUAAGAGCACAUACCAAUGCUAUCAAGCCAUUUUUAACCCCUCAAAAUAAGAUAUCAAGGCUGCGAUGGAGCCUUAGGCAGCUUGGUAGUAUAAAUAAGGAGGGAUUCAUCAAGUUUCAAACCAUGUUCAACACCAUACACAUAGACGAGAAGUGGUUUUACUUAACCAAAAGCAAGGAUAGAUAUUACCUUAUGCCGGGUGAGGCAGACCCUUAUAGAGCUUGUAAAUCUAAGAGGUACAUACCAAAGAUCAUGUUUACGAGUGCCAUUGCACGACCUAUCAUAGAUUCUCAGGGAAAAGUAAUUUUUGAUGGGAAGAUGGAAAUUUUCCCAUUCACAUACGAAGAGGCAGCUCAAAGAAACUCAAAAAAUAGACCAGCGGGGACAAUGGAAGUGAAAGCAAUACCCAAUAUCACCCAAAACGUCAUAAGGGACUCAAUGAUCAACAAGGUAUGCAAUUUUAGUUUAUGCUAUCAGAAUUUAGUUACUAAUUCAUCACUUAGCCAUUUUAUAUUUAACUCACAAAUGAUACCCUACUUCAAAUCCAAGUGGCCUUCAUUUGCAAGCAAGAACAUAUUUAUACAACAAGACAAUGCAAAACCACACAUUAAGGUUGAUGAUCUGGAGUUCUUAGCAGUUCCAAGAGCAGAUGGAUUCAAUAUCCAACUGCUCUGCCAACCUGCUAACUCUCCAGACACCAAUGUUAAUGAUUUGGGCUUCUUUAGAGCAAUUCAAAGUCUCAAAGAUCAGAAACCAGCGAAUGAGGUAGGGGAACUAAUCAAGAAUGUGCAAGAAACAUACAAUGACUACCCUCCACAGAAGAUAAAUCAUGUUUUCCUAACUCUACAGUGCUGCUACCAGGAGAUUAUGAAAGCCAAAGGAGACAACAACUAUAAAAUCCCUUACAUGAACAAAGAGAGGUUAGAAAGAAUUGGGAUGCUUCCAGAUGCAAUUUCAAUUUCACAGCAGCUAUUCAAUGAGAGUAUGGAGUUCUUAGAGGGCAACAAUCAUGCUGACACAACAAAUGUAACAGAUGGGUUUGAAGAAGAUUAUCAACAGAACAUGACAGACAUCCUAGAGGGUCUCACACAUGUGAACAUCAAUUAG